AUGGCGCCGAGCGCCGUCUCCCCCGUGCGGGACACCAAUCCUGAGCGGCUGGCGACGCUGACCUCCAAGUUCGACGACACUCUCCGAUUCUAUAUCAACGGAACCAAGGUCGUCCUUGACGAAAUCGACCCGGAGAUCACCGUGCUCGAGUAUCUACGAGGUAUUGGGCUGACGGGAACCAAGCUUGGCUGCGGUGAGGGUGGUUGCGGUGCCUGCACCAUCGUGGUCAGCCAGUACAACCCAACGACGAAAGAAGUCUACCAUGCGAGCGUCAAUGCCUGCCUCGCGCCUCUCGUCAGCUUAGAUGGUAAACAUGUCAUCACCGUCGAGGGUAUCGGCAGCAGCAAGCAACCCCACCCUACGCAAGAGCGCAUUGCAAAGUCCAAUGGCAGCCAGUGUGGUUUCUGUACACCUGGCAUCGUCAUGAGCCUCUACGCCUUGCUCCGAAAUAACAGUACCCCUUCAAAGGACGAUGUCGAAGAGGCCUUUGACGGCAACUUGUGUCGGUGUACCGGCUACCGAUCCAUCCUCGACGCAGCCCAGACCUUUAGUGUUGAUACGCUCUCUGGGAAGUCCAAACAGGGGAGUGGGUCUGGGUGCUGUAUGGACAACGGAAAUGGACCACCUGAGGGAGGAUGCUGUAUGACGAAGCAGUCUACAAAUGAAAAAACCAUCAAGAGGUUCACGCCUCCAGGGUUCAUCAAGUACAACCCAGACACGGAACUCAUCUUCCCCCCCGCUCUAAAGAGACACGAGAUGCGGGCACUUGCGUUUGGCAACAAGAGAAAGCGGUGGUAUCGACCAGUUACCCUCGACCAACUUCUCCAAAUCAAGAGUGUCUACCCAGAAGCGAAGGUCAUCGGUGGAAGCACCGAGACCCAGAUCGAAACCAAGUUCAAGGCGCUGCAGUAUCCCGUCUCCGUCUACGUUGGAGACAUCGCUGAGCUACGACAAUACAGUUUCAAGGAUGACCAUCUUGAGAUCGGCGGAAACGUCAUCUUGACCGACCUGGAGAAAAUCUGCGAGCACGCCAUACCUCAUUAUGGCCAUGCGCGUGGACAAGUCUUUGAAGGCAUGCUAAAACAACUGAAGUAUUUUGCGGGUAGACAAAUCCGAAACGUCGGAACACCUGCCGGAAACCUGGUGACCGCCUCGCCCAUUUCGGACUUGAACCCAGUGCUGUGGGCCGCAAAUGCUGUUCUAAUCGCCAAGUCGGCUACCAAGGAGACGGAGAUUCCUAUGUCACAGUUCUUUACUGGUUACCGAAAAACAGCUCUGCCACAGGAUGCCGUUAUUGCAUCGAUUCGCAUCCCAGUCACCUCGGUGAAAGGGGAAUUCUUCCGAACCUACAAGCAGGCGAAGCGCAAGGAUGAUGAUAUUGCCAUUGUCACUAGUGCACUGAGAGUGAAACUAGAUGAUGAAGGCAUUGUCCAGGAGUGCAACCUCAUUUACGGAGGUAUGGCUGCGACGACUGUUGCGGCCAAGACAGCCAUGGAGUAUCUAGUAGGCAGGCGGUUCGCAGACUUGGAGACGCUUGAGGGAACUAUGGGAGCACUCGGCCGGGAUUUCGACAUGGCUUUCAGCGUUCCAGGUGGCAUGGCAUCAUAUCGAAAAGCCUUAGCACUUGGCUUUGUAUACCGAUUCUAUCACGAUGUCUUGGCGAUUCUGGAUGAGAAAUCCGAUGUCAUAGACAACCAAGCCAUCAACGAGUUGGAGAGAGAAAUCUCCGACGGCAAAGUCGACGAAGAUGCAGCAGCUGCGUACAUGAAGGAAGUCACAGGAAAAUCCAACCCCCAUGUCGCUGCGCUGAAGCAAACGACGGGCGAAGCACAGUACACUGACGACAUUCCCGCCCUAAAGAACGAACUCCACGGUUGCUAUGUGCUGUCAAAGAAGGCUCACGCCAAAAUCAAGUUUGUUGACUACAGUGAAGCAGUUAAUAUGCCUGGUGUGGUAGAUAUUGUGGACAAGGACGACAUGCCUUCUGCAGAAGCCAACAAGUUUGGCCCUCCUAAUUUUGACGAAGUCUUUUUUGCCGAAGACGAAGUCUUCACUGCCGGUCAAGUCAUUGCGUUGGUUUUGGCAACGACGCCUGCUAAAGCCGUAGACGCAGCCAGGGCAGUCAAGGUCGACUAUGAGGAGCUCCCCUCAAUCUUGACGAUUGAAGAAGCUAUCGAGAAAGAAAGCUACCACAACUUCUAUCGAGAGAUCAAGAAGGGUAACACAGAAGAAGCUUUCAAGAAUUGCGACUAUGUUUUUACCGGAACGGCCAGAAUGGGCGGCCAGGAGCAUUUUUACCUGGAAACAAAUGCCUGUCUGGUUGUGCCUAAUCCCGAAGAUGGUGCAAUGGAGAUCUUUGCUAGCACCCAAAAUGCCAAUGAGACACAAGUUUUCGCGGCCCGAGUCUGCGAGGUACAGGCGAACAAGGUCGUAGUCCGUGUUAAGCGACUUGGUGGAGGCUUCGGAGGCAAGGAGAGCCGAUCUGUAUUGCUCAGCUCGGCGCUGGCGCUUGCAGCGAAGAAGACCAAGAGACCAGUUCGAUACAUGCUCACACGCGAAGAAGACAUGGUCAUCAGUGGCCAGAGGCACCCCUUCCUCGGCAAAUACAAAGUGGGAGUCAACAAGGAUGGUAAAAUCCAGGCCCUGGAGUGUGACAUCUACAAUAAUGCGGGCUGGACUUUUGACCUCAGCGCUGCUGUGUGCGAGCGAGCGAUGACCCACGUUGAUGGAUGCUACAGCAUUCCGAAUGUGCACAUCACAGGACGCCUUUGCAAGACCAACACAAUGUCAAAUACAGCGUUCCGGGGCUUUGGUGGACCCCAAGGCAUGUUCAUCGCCGAGACUUACAUGGAGGAGGUGGCAGAUCGGCUUGGCAUGCCUGUUGAAACCCUGCGACAGAUUAACAUGUACGAAGAUGAUGGCCAGACACACUUUAACCAAGGUCUUGGGGAUUGGCAUGUGCCGUUGAUGUACAAGCAAGUCCAGGACGAGGCAGCCUACACUCAACGGAAGGAUGCUGUUGCUGAGUUCAACAAGGGAAACAAGUGGCGGCGGAGGGGCAUCGCAAUCAUCCCGACCAAGUUUGGCAUCUCUUUUACGGCUCUGUUCCUGAACCAGGCAGGUGCUUUAGUGCACAUAUACCACGACGGAUCUGUCCUGGUCGCCCAUGGUGGGACUGAAAUGGGCCAAGGCCUUCAUACCAAGCUCACCCAAAUUGCGGCACAAGCGCUGGGAGUACCCCUGGACAAUGUCUUUAUCUCGGAGACAUCAACCAACACGGUUGCAAAUGCAUCCGCAACGGCUGCCUCGGCGUCAUCAGACCUGAACGGAUACGCCAUAUUCAACGCUUGCAAGCAGCUCAACGAGCGCUUGGCACCGUACCGGGAGAAGCUUGGCCCGGGGGCGAGUAUGGAGCAGCUCGCCCAUGCAGCUUACUUUGACCGUGUCAAUCUUUCGGCCCAGGGUUUCUACAAGACGCCAGAGAUUGGGUAUGACUGGAAUACAGGCAAAGGCAAGAUGUUCUUCUACUUUACCCAAGGAGUGGCGGCUGCUGAGGUAGAGAUUGAUCUACUCACUGGAACUUGGACCUGUUUACGGGCAGAUAUCAAGAUGGAUGUGGGACAGUCUAUCAACCCAGCCCUCGACUACGGACAGAUUCAAGGAGCGUUUAUCCAAGGCCUGGGACUCUUCACCAUGGAGGAAUCACUCUGGAUGCGGAACGGGCCGAUGGCAGGAAACCUUUUCACGCGGGGACCCGGAGCCUACAAGAUCCCCGGGUUCCGGGACAUUCCCCAAACGUUCAACGUGUCUCUACUCAAGGACGUGCAGUGGAAGGAGCUACGAACGAUCCAGAGGAGCCGAGGAGUGGGGGAGCCACCAUUCUUCAUGGGAAGUGCGGUAUUCUUUGCAAUCCGAGAUGCGCUGAAGUCGGCUCGGUCGAGCGCUGGUGUGGCUGCGAAAGUGGGAGACGAUAAUGAUCCGGGAUUGUUGAGGCUCGAGAGCCCGGCAACACCCGAGAGAAUCCGGCUAGCGUGUGAAGAUGAGAUUAUGCGCAAGGCGAGGGUCAUGCCGAAGGAGGGUGAGAAGAGCUUCUUUGUGGCUAUCUGA